AUAUGAACGCGGCCGAGCGGCGGUUAAAAACGGCCGCUUGGGGUGAAAAAAUCCGCGCACCCUCUAUUUUGUCGCAUGUUUGGUGACGUCCAAUAAUCGACUUGCUGUGAAGUCUCCGGGGCCGAGGCCUAGAGACUUUUUUUGGGGUAAAAUUUUUGUUUCGAUGCCUGGAUUUCGGUGCCCGUUUUGAGCGGGUGUGAGCCGAUGAAGCACUUUAUUCUGUGAUCGAAGCGGAAACGGUCGGAAACGUUAGCCAGCUAAUUGUAGCUACUGCUAACUGCCAGCGAGGAAGUGAAAAAAAUGACAUCUCGGAGGUGGUUUCACCCCAACAUCACAGGUGUGGAGGCUGAAAACCUCCUGCUGACUCGAGGGGUGGAUGGGAGCUUUUUAGCCAGACCCAGUAAGAGUAAUCCAGGAGACUUUACCCUCUCAGUACGGCGAAAUGGAGCCGUCACCCACAUUAAGAUCCAGAACACAGGAGACUACUACGACCUCUACGGCGGGGAGAAGUUUGCCACUCUGGCGGAGCUGGUGCAGUAUUACAUGGAGCAUCACGGCCAGCUGAAAGAGAAAAACGGAGACGUCAUCGAGCUCAAGUAUCCGCUCAACUGUGCGGACCCCACCUCAGAGAGAUGGUUCCAUGGACACUUGUCAGGCCGGGAGGCCGAGAAGCUGCUGACGGAGAAAGGGAAGAACGGCAGCUUCCUGGUGAGAGAGAGUCAGAGCCACCCCGGGGAUUUUGUCCUGUCGGUGAGGACAGGAGACGACAAGACGGACAGCAGUGACAGCAAACCCAAAGUCACUCACGUCAUGAUCCGCUGCCAGCAUGACCUGAAGUACGACGUGGGCGGAGGCGAGAAGUUUGACUCCCUCACCGACCUGGUAGAGCACUACAAAAAGAACCCCAUGGUGGAAACUCUGGGCACCGUGCUGCAGCUCAAACAGCCCCUGAACACUACUCGCAUUAACGCUGCAGAGAUUGAAAGUCGAGUUCGGGAGCUGAGCAAACUAGCGGAGGCCACAGACAAGGUCAAACAGGGCUUCUGGGAAGAAUUUGAGACCUUACAGCAACAAGAGUGCAAGCUGCUCUACAGUCGUAAAGAGGGCCAGAGGGCAGAGAACAAAAACAAGAACAGAUACAAGAACAUUCUGCCUUUCGACCACACGCGUGUGGUGCUGAAUGACAGGGACCCAAAUGAGCCCGGCUCUGACUACAUCAACGCCAAUAUCAUCAUGGUAGUAUCUGCUGUCAUGCCUGAGCUGGACCCAAAAUGUAACAGCACAAAGGUGAAGAAGAGCUACAUCGCCACUCAGGGCUGUCUGCAGAACACCAUCAGUGACUUCUGGAGGAUGGUGUUUCAGGAGAACUCGCGAGUCAUCGUCAUGACCACCAAAGAGGUGGAGAGGGGAAAGAGUAAAUGUGUGAAGUACUGGCCGGACAUGUCGGCUCUGAAGGAGUACGGAGCGAUGCGCGUUCGCAACGUCAGAGAGACGGGCACACACGACUACAUCUUAAGAGAACUCAAACUGUCUAAAGUUGGACAGGGGAACACAGAACGCACAGUUUGGCAGUACCACUUCAGGGCCUGGCCGGACCACGGAGUCCCCACCGACCCCGGCGGCGUCCUCGACUUCCUGGAGGAGGUCAACCUGAAACAGGAGAGCAUACUGGACGCUGGGCCUAUAGCGGUACACUGCAGCGCAGGGAUCGGGAGGACAGGAACGUUUAUAGUGAUCGACAUCCUGAUAGACGUGAUCAGGGAAAAAGGGGUGGACUGCGACAUCGACGUGCCAAAGACCAUCCAGAUGGUCCGUUCUCAGCGCUCUGGGAUGGUGCAGACGGAGGCGCAGUACAGAUUCAUCUACAUGGCCGUGCAGCACUACAUAGAGACGCUGCAGAGACGCAUAGAGGAGGAGCAGAAAAGUAAGAUUAAAGGGCGCGAGUACACCAACAUUAAGUACUCUUUGUCUGACCUGACUGGAGGAGAGCAGAGUCCUUUGCCUCCUUGCACUCCUAUUCCUACUCCCACCUGCACAGAGAUGAGGGACGACAGCUCCAGAGUGUAUGAGAACGUGGGCCUGAUGCAGCAGCAGAAGAGCUACAGAUGAGAUUCACCUUUGACCCCAGUGCUCUAUCAGUUCCAGGAUCUUGAUACCUGACAGUUUUUUCGCCAGCCACACCUUGACGCCUGAGACUUGACCGUAAUGACUUGGAACAACAGAAAAACAGAAAAACGUGAGAGACACCAGAGCCCUCCUGCUCUCGCUCAUCUUACAUGAACAUUUGCCCUCUUAGUUUGAAAUCUAAACCACUGUGAUGAUCAUCAGAAGAGCCUUUUGAGAAGCCUAACACGCAAAAUCCUACUAAACCGCAGUUUUUCGGGUUUAGCCUUUGUAAAUCUCCUCCCGAACAAGGGCUGCAAACAGAGAGCACUCUCCUCACAGGGGGAAACCUAGCUAACCUUUGCUCAUUCGUUUUUGUUUAUUAACCAAAGGAAGGUUACGUAGAUUGUUUGUUUGUAGACGAAAUCGAGGAGUUUUCUUAAAAAAAAAAAAAAAAAAAGAAAAAGGCCGGUGCCAAAACCACGAAUGAUUUAUCCACAUUUCUCAGCCAAUUAAAAGUCUCUAUUCGGCCUGUUGGGAGACGAGACCUUAUUUGUGGACAAACGCGGGGCGAAAUUUCCGUGAUUAUUGUCUAGUUUUCACUGUUGGAUAGAAUAAUGUUUCUGAAUGAAGAACUAUUGGCAUUGUAGUGUGACACCAUAUUUACUGUUGCUUUGUAAUCCACUGACUUCUGGACAUUAAUUUUUGUUUUUGCACCUCAAAGAGAAAAUUUGAGGCAGUUCAGAGUGUGAACUUUUGUCGUCCACAUUGAAUUAAUAUGCUUUUUAAAUUUUUUUCUGUUAGUUAACCAUUCCUGAGCUCAAGCCGAAUGCCCUUACUGCUGCACGUUUAUUUCGCAGCAUUAACAGUUACAGUCAAGCCUUGAUUCACCUGGUGGAUUCAUAAAUAAUGUAAUCUGGGGUUCAGAGAGGCGUUUCUUCAUGCCUGCACUUCUUUGUCAAAGUCGGUGUCACGACGUUAAGAUUUCAGGGGAGUCUGUUGUGUAUCUCAGUUGCAGGCAUCGCCACAGACGCACGGCUGCCAAAAAACUUGUUUUUUACGUUUUUUUUAAGUGCAUAUUACUUUUGUUUCCAUUCUCGUUUUUUUUUUUUUUCUUAAGACGAAUGCCUUUUGUGUACCAUUGCCUAUUUUAAGCACCACAUGUACUUAAUUUGAAGAGUCACUGUUUUAGGAAGCAGUCUCACGUCUCUCAGCUUUGGCGCUUUAGAUAAGUCGAUGUUGUGGUUAGAGAUUGAUGUCAGCUGGAUUUAAAUACUCACACACAUUCACAAACGCUUUUCUUUUUUGUUUUUCUGUCAACGUUAAUCAAAUAAAACAUGAAGGAAUA